UACUGCCAAAAUUAUGGAUACAUUUUCAAUUUCUUUUCGCUAUGGCGAAUAAUGUGACGUUUUUUUUAUUUCUUCUGUCACUCAUCUCUGCUGCCGUCGGCGCAGUUUUUCAGUGUUUUGGGUUGGCGCUAUAAAUGUACAGCUAAAACCACAACCAUAGUCACUGUUGUCGGCAGCAUCGACGUUCAUUUAUACGCGCUAUUGCGCCUGCAUAAAAGUAUUGGACAAAGCACAAAUUAUAUACAUACAUAGGUACAUAAGUAAAAUAUGAGUAUGUAGACCAGUACUUGUUCUGUCUUAAAGCAAAAUAAACUCUACAAGGUGUAGUAGCGAAGUGCACCGUGGAGACUUGGGUUCGCCGAUUGCUCGCGAAUGGCAUUUGGAAUGACGGAGGUGAUGAUGAUGAACAGUUGCGCUUACGAAGGCAAUUAUUGAAACAGGCCAACCAGCUAUAGGUAGACCAACAUAUACAUGCACGGAUUGCUUGCUGCCAAGCAGUGCCAGCAAAGCGAGCCUUCAUUGCUCCUUCAAUUCCGGCCACAAUAACUCCGAUAAAGGGAACGGUCACGCAAUGUCCACCAAGCGCACCAGCAAAUCAACUGAAACACAAAAAGAUGAAGCCACGCACUAUACCAAGCGGCAUUACAAUCACACGCCGUAGUCCUAUUAAUGUGGCUUCCUCCAAUUCGAGCAGCAACAAUACUAAUGCGGCCGCUACAGUUUCAAAUGCCAUGGCCAACAUGAGCAAUUCAUUAGCAACAAAAAUUUCAGCAGCUACAGUGGCUGCAACCAGUAAACUAAAUUCGAUGCUGUCCAAAACGACGACACCAAGUCUUCUUAAACAAAAUAUAGCUUCUUCGAUUAGUAGUGCUAAGGAAAAACAAACACCUGCUCCACCACGGCAGUUGCCAACGCAACAACUUAAUCCAAAACCACAACUGCAGCAGCAGCCUCCAUCGAAGCAACAACAGCCACAGCAAUUCCAGCAGGGCUUGCCGCUUUUGUCGCAAUUGCCACAGUUACAGCCAUCACCUUCGGUUUUACGGAAACGUUUAUCAACAGCAGCGUCCUCGCCUUCACAACAAUUACAAGCACAAAUGCAACAGCAACAGCAACAGCUACCAAAGUUGCAAAAAUCCAAACAACAAAAUCCGCCUAGAUUGCAGCAGCUUCUACAGCUUGAUCCACACGCACGCAAGCCUAGCACACCGCCCGCCACUAACAAACCAAUUCCAGCAGGUCCCAGCAGUACUUCAACAGGUUCUACGUCCAAUACCGCAUUGCUACCACUGAUCUCAUCGGUACAAUCAAUGGCGGCAGGCGCAACGCCACCGCUUCAAUUACUGGCUACACCACCGCAUAGUGCAGCCACAACUUUCAGUGAUCAGCAGCUAUUUAGCCCGAAAUUGAUGCAUACCACAUGCAGUUUGCCGCCAUCCACGACGGUAACAGCCUCGCGUCCACAAUCAUCUACCAGCACCAAUGCCAACAACAGCAAUAGUUUUAUAUCAAGUAAUAAUAAAAAUAUAAACAACAAUUUUAAAAUUAUGUUACCACCCAAAAGCAGCAAUAGCGCUGGCAUAAAUCUCCAAUCUCCCUCCACCGCUGCUACACCGGUAACGACAUCUCUAGCCAUACCAGUAGCUUUGCAGCAGUCAAGUUCCGGACCCCGCAUAGCCUAUGUGAAUAGCCUUGCGGCACAAAUCAAUCCAAUGCCCAGCAACAAUGCAGCCAACACUACAAACAAGCCCAAAACGUCAACAGCAACGGUUGUGCCAAUCGCACUAACGGCAGCCGCUCAACUGGCGUCAAUGGGAGCUCCUUCAACAUCGGGUGCAAACACUUCAACAUCUGCAUCUACGAAUUCAUUAGCAAGUGUGCGUCGUGUCAAGCCAACAACGCUGAUACGUAAAAAUGACGAGGCAUGGCUGAAGCGCACAAACCUUUCAACAGCAACAACAACAACUGGGAGAAAUUUCGAUGAUGAUGACUUAGUAUUAGAACUAUUGCCGCAUUCCACAAAUACCAAAUCGCACUCCCAAAUGGCAACACAAUUAGCAGGAGCGGUGCAAAACACAGCAAAGUCGCAAAAACCAUCAGCCCCAUCACUUUCAGUCCCUAACAAACCUACAUUUGCAAGCACCCAAAAAUCAGCCGUACAUAAGCCGGCCCUGUCACUGAAAAUCGAUCUAACUGAGUCGCCUGAUAAGACUACUACUCGAAGCGUAGAAACAAUCACAAUUUCACCAACGAUCUCGCCAUCGACGUCCGCACAAAAUAAGCCCGUAAAUCUAAUCAUAAAUGGUGAUGCUGCAACUCAAUCGACAAAAAGUAGUACAUUGAAUUCCAAUGAUAAAGGCAAGUCUUUUGACGAGCGACUACCACUUACGAGUGAUUAUGACGAACUGUUAAAAGUUUGCCGAGAAGCAGAUCCUUCAGCAGACAUGGAGAAGCUCGUCAAAUCAAAACUAAUAAAAUACUACUAUAACGUGCACCCAGACUUUGUGUGUUCGAAAGGAUUUAGCAAGAAUUUAAGAACGGUUAUUGCAAAUAUACGUAAGGAACCAGAUUUGGUAUAUCUGCACCUAAAGACAGUAGUUGACGAGUUGAAAGUACGCAGCAAGAACAAAGAAGCGGUGCCAACUUUGUUGGUAAGAAGCGAAGAAAAAAGUGAUAUUACUGCUUGUAGUAGUGGUACCAGGGAUAGAGAUCGGGAAUCUACUGCUGGCGGGGGUGCGGAAAGCGGUGAUGCAGUCGUUGAAGAAAUCGGCAGCACUGGUAACAAACACACUGACGAACAGAUCAAGAAAUUGAAUAAGGCAUUGUAUAUACUGACGAAGCGUAUUGAAGUGCUAGAAUCUACCGAAGUUGAUUGGGAAGAUGAAGAUUCAAGUUAUCUGCAAGUGGAGCGUUUUAAAAAGCGUGCUUGCCAGAUAUAUGAAAAAAUCUGUGAUCUUACUGGAGAGAGCAAGAAUGCACAUCGUUUGGUUAAGAAGCCAAUACAUUUUAAUGGUACCACCUAUACACAAUUCAAUAAGACACUGCAGGCGUAUGUAAAUCGCACGAAGGAGUUUCCCGAUUACUUCGACGUGCUGCGGAUGCUGGAGCACUGCAAUCGUCAAUACGCCUAUACUUUGGCAACUUUUGAAAUGAAGCGCAUCGCGCAUGAUGCCUUCAUGAAGGUUGGGAAAUUGCUGCAGUCGCGCCGGAAGACUGAUCUCUACGAAACCGUCACGCAUUUCACAGCUCACGAGAAAGACCCAGCCAGUGUAGAUCCCGCACUACAGGCGAAGUUAAGUGAAAAUCAAAAGAAACGGACACGUAUUAGUGACGUGAUUGAAAAAUUUGCGCGCGAACAGGAUAUGCUAAGGGAGGAAUUGAAAGAGGCACGUCAAACUAAAGUGGCGAAGAGGUUGAAAAGCGAAAGUAGCGCUGAUGAUGAAGAUGAUGCGAUCGCCAGCACUAGUGCCAAUGCUGCAAAUACUGCAGCGACACGAAAGAUCAAGAAGGAAAACGGAGAAGUAAUGACUAAUGUAAAUCGCAACGGUAACGAUGUUCUAGAUGAUGACGACGAGUAUGAAGAUGAGGAUGAAGAUGAGGAAGAGGAUGAGGACCAAGUAAAUGGAAGCGACCUAGAGGCGGACGUUGAUAAAUUGGCUAAUGGCAACCUUUCCGAUGUUGAAUCCGAUGUGGAAAUAGUUGUAAACAGUUCAAAAGACGAAAUAAACGAGGCAUCCAAAGUAAACGAUACAAAUUCGGUUCAACAACAAACAACAAUAGAUAAAAAUCCGAUAGCAACGAUUACAACCGAAGAAGUAGCGUGCUCAUCAACCAACACUCAGUCAAAGUCAGACGAAACACAAAAGGCACAAAACGCCGUUACGCCCACAAAUGCAACAGAAACGCUUUCGCAAACAAAAACAUCUGUAAGCAAUAAUGCAACGAGACAAAAGACUGUGGAUCCCUUAGCUGGCGCAGAACCUGCUACCACUACCGGAGUAAAAUCAGAUGAUGAUAGUAAGCAGGCAGUAUCCAUAGCAAACGGACGCAUGAAAACUGUCACGCAAGGCAGUCAAUCACCAACAAUAAAAAUAGUUUCCUUAUCAAGUUUAAAAAACAAAGAGGAUGUAGCUGACAGUAGCACAACUAUUGUGGAUAGCAAGCAGGCUAAUCAACGGGAUGCAUCAUCGACGAAAACGCCGAAUAAACGACAACGCACAGUUGCAGAAAUUGUCAUUUCCGACGAGGAAUCGUAGUUGUGGCUACAGGCGUUGCAGCAAUUUACUUAAUUUAGCUGUACAUAGCUGCUCAAUUUUAUUUUUGGGAAACACGCGAGAAUAGCAUAGCUAUUAUGAUAGAUAUCGAGUUUGGAUAUUAAAAGUUUAAAAUCACAGACCUAUCCUGAAAAACUUUAAAUCUUUGGCAACAUAUCAUAACUACAGUGUAUGUAACACCAAUAACUCCAAAUGACACAUAGCACAAUUGUAGCCAAGUUGAGUAAUAAAAAAUAAAAAAAAGUACUCGAAAUCCCAAAUACACCUUCAAAAUCUGGAUUUAUUUUUGCUCAUAACUUUAGCUUAACUUUUUCUUAACUGAUAUUCAAUUUUUAUAGGCGCUAAUAACGAUAUACAUAUAACUUACAGUAUGAUAAAAAAAAAUUUGGGAUUAUUACCGUAAUAUGAAAAACAACUUUAUAAUCAAAAAAUCAGUAGAAAUUUCAAUUUUUUUUUAAGCCUACGGUAAUGGUCCCACUAUUUUUUAUUAUUAUAUGGUAAGUUAUAUAUCGUUAUAAGCGCAUAUAAGUUCUCUUUCCAGCAACAUAUUGAAUAUCGGUUCAGAAGGGUUAAAUUUGUGGGCAAAAAGCCACCGAAAGCGGUUUUUUGACCCUACGUCCAAAUUUUGAGGUCGUAUUUGGUAUUUUGUGUCUGCACUUUUUUAACUAGGCCCACAAUAUGUGCAAUGUGGCAUUCGAAGUUAA